GAAUUGACGGAGUUCUCUGGCCUCAGAGGUGUACUAAGUUACCAUCGUGUUGUUUCGUGCAAGAAAUGCAACUAGUUCUGGUCCCGGAGGACAUCUUCAUAGCGUUUGGGAUGUUCUUGUCCUUUGGGGAUGUGUUCUCAUUGAGACUCUGUGGUUCAAAGCAUUUAUACGAGCUAUCGCUUUCGAGGACGUUUUGGAGCGCAUGGAUUCAUGAGAACAUUGUUAGAGUCGGACUCUGGUCGCCAGAACGCUUCCUUGGUUUGCUUGGUUUACCGCAAACCGAAUUGGAGCGCUUGGCCCUUCGGACUGUUUGCAUUUGGCACGAUCAGCAUAAACUUCCUACUUUGCACCCCAAGCGUCUGACGAGGAUCCGGUAUGAUGGUGGCAUCAUAUCUUGGGUCACACUUCACGCUGGUCGUUGGGCCUUCCUCGCGUCAAGUGGAGGCCAUUUAGAGCUUUGGGAUAUCCUCGCUCUCCAUCGAUAUAACGUUGCACUUGACUUGAAAGGGGGUUGGGUGUAUUCGGGACUUGUUCAUGCAACUAAAGAUGUUGAUAAACAUCUACUCGUUCUUUCGUCAAGCCUUCAGAAAUCUUACCUAGUGCAGUGUGUGCUGGACAAAAAUCCCGCUUUCAUCCCCUUGAGGAUAUAUGAAGGUUUAUCAAAACCUCUUGCUGCCUCCGGGAACCUUGUUCUAUUCGCAGACUCGACCACACCGCAAACCGCGGUCCUUGCCUCAUCAGAAGGUGUAAUGUGCUCUCUGAGUUUGUUGGUGCACGAUACCGCCCCGCAACUUGCACAGUCGGCUGUUUUUUGCGAGUCCAACGUUUUUAUCUUCAAAUCUUCCGCUGUCUGCGUCUAUGAACACGACAUGAUCAGUGACCCCUCUGUUUACGUGGCACCGAAUCUUUGCAUAAACCCGAAACACAUCAUAGAACUCAAGUCCAGGCUCUUUCAAAUUCAACCUUGGGUUGGCGAGAACUUGAACCAUCCUACUAUCCACUUAGUCGCACGCGACGAAGGAGAAAAUUUUUUGCUUCUCCAGUUGAAGGCUCAUGAAGACACUGGCUUGAUGACCCUAAGUCGCCCCACUGAAGAGGUGCCAAUCCGGUCUGUGCCGUUAGCCUGCCGCAAUCUCGCAAUGACUUCCAGUUGUAAAGCCUGCGUUUUCUCUACCGAGGAUGAACGCCACCAAACUUCAACGAUCGUCUCCUGCAUGCUGGAAGGGGAUCGGAUCGGUCGACCUCGAAUUCUGUGGCAGCUGCCUAGUUCGAUCAACUGGUCGGCCGGCGUGCAUCUGUUGGCAUUUGACGAUGUUAUUGGCAUGAUGGCCGUGGGUACAGUCGAACCUGGGCAGGGUAAUAUGUGGCUUGUUGAUUUCGGGGGAGGAUUCAGUGUUUUCCAUUGACAACAAGCCCCCCCGGAGAUGAAGGAUUCAAGUAUAGCAUAACGAUCCCUCGGACUGCCACACGGACGACUCUUCAUCCCUGCCAAUGACUCGCUUUCGCACUCACCCUAAUUUUCCCCUUUAUUCAAUUCGCGUCCACUGUACGCAUCGACUCCCAUGCCUUCAUCCGUCACGCCAUACCCACUAUCGGCUUAAUUCACAU